UCAUCAUCGUCAUCAUCUCAAAGACAGCGCAGAGAGCAUAAAAAUAUGGCGCUGGCAACAUAGUUUACGUUUCAAUAUUUUGUAGUUUUGCAUUGUUCUAGGCCGAAAAUAUCGCCAAUUGCACAAGUAAUCAUGAGCGAGCUAUGCUGCAAGUGCAAUCUACCAAAGGAACCACCAAAGCACAGAUCAGAAUCAGCAUCAUUUCGCUACAUUUGCCGCCUUUGCUUGAUGCGAGCGGAUGACACGGAACCAAUUUUCAUCCAUCCCGGGGACAGCUCCUUGGCGGACAAGAUCUUUGCAUGUACCGGCGUUCAGGUUAACGAGAAUGUAACUGUUGGGCCCACCUCUAUCUGUAUGAACUGCAAAACGUCCGUAUACAAAAGCUAUCAAUUUUUGGAACUAUGUCAGCGGAACAAUAAAAUAAUUCAAAAUUUAUUGGCAAGUCACGAGCAGCCUCCCGUAGCCGCAGGAACACCCUCCGCCUCCACUGGAAGUCCACUGAAGCUAGUUAUACGAACAAAAGGUAACAGUCAGAUCUCUCCGGUGUGUCGAAAGCGGACCAACUCGCGAAGGAAAUCAACGCAAAGCAGAUUGGAGCAGUCCACAAGUGCAAGCGAAGUGUCCUGGAGUGAAAGCGAUGGCGAUAAAGACGAGAAUGGUGACGACGAUGAGGACGAAAUUUUACCGAUUCGACAACUGGCGUACGAAACUGAUACGCCACAAGAUGAAUCGCCGAAACGGCGGAGGAUGAGUUCCCCUAGGGAGAAUAGGGUUCCUUCACUGGUGAUUCCCAGGGCCCGAAUAAAUGGAGGAUUAUCACGGCUGAGUGAAUCUAGUGAGAGCUCUGUAGGUCGCAAUUCUCGUGCAUCCGCAUUUGAACCUCUGAUGGUAGAUGAUCUGUUCAAAUGUGAGUUCUGCAGCGGUUCCUUUCCAUACCAAAUACAAAUCCAGCAGCAUAUGGAUUUAUACCACGCGGACAGAAAACAUGAACUGUCGUGUAGAUUCUGUUCCAAGACUUAUCUUACGACGGCAGCCCUUCGAAAGCACAGCGAAGAGAAGCAUGCGUCAGCUAAGGUGAUCGAGUGUAAAUUGUGCCAACGAUUUUUCACAACUCCGGCAGGUCUUCACCAGCACUAUCGGUCCAUAGUUCACCGAGCAGCGACCGGAGAAGCAGUUUUUCCCAGAAGGCGAAAUUCUUGUAUGAGCUACGGUUACACUAGUCCAGCCCGUCGGAACUCCGUCAACUCCGACUACGGAAGCGAAUACCCAUCCGGCGGGAAUUCCUCUCAGCAAAAUUCACGCAACGCUUCGGCGGACGACUACAACCCGUAUGAUAACUCGUAUUACGACGAAAUCGUCACCUACAAGUGCGACUAUUGCGAUCAAAGCUUCGACGAUCGGGAAACUUUGAGCAAACACAUUGCCGUCCGACCGUGUCGGGUUGAGCUGGAACCCCUGGAUCUGGAUCUUCUACUGGAAAGGAUGGAUCUGGACGAGCUGCUGAUGCCGUUAAACAACGUAGUACCGGAAGACGUGACAAUCAUUGAGCCGCCCAUCGAAAUUGUAGAUCUCACCUAGCGUCCCGCCCCCGCCAUUUGGAGCCGGUUGGUGUCACCGAAAAGUAGAGUGAAGAAGAUGAAAAAUCUACUGUUUCAUGUACAAAAACUUACCGCUAAGAGAGAUGCAUGUUGACAUAUUUUCAUUCGUGAGCGCAAAUAGUACCGUAAGUCGUUAUUUUCAGUAGAUUACAUAUACAAAAUUUUGUUAAACACUUGAUUUGCAAUAUUAUUUAGGAUUAUUUGUGUCAAGUCUUGCAGCACCUGGUCGUAAAAUGUUGAGAUAUUGAACGUGACAAUUAAAUUUCUAUUAUUAUAAGAAUCAAAAUAAAAUCUACUUUGGCGACUACUUUUGGUCGCAGUCAAAGAUACGCGCGAGAUAGUCGCCUAAGGCAACAUAACUGGUUUUCAAAUUUUCCAUCAUAGAGUUCUUUGAUAUUUCAUGAAAAAAGUUCACCACGUGGCCGGGUGAUGUGAUGACUGCUGCGACUACACGUGGUAUUUGCACCGCGAUUGAAUUUGGAACAUCUUUUAAGACCUGGAAAAGUAGUCGCCAUAAAUGUGUUUUUCAUGCAACGCACAAUAUAGCAAAGAUGGUUAGAAGGAUGCCUUCUAAAUAAUUUUGAUCAUAUUAGUGCAGGGGAACUACAAAAUGGAGAAAAACUAUGGCGCAACAUUCUGCUUUUUGUAAGCAAACAUGUUUCUGUCUCUGUGUAGGGUCUACCUGUAUCCACUAACUCACAUCAACACCUUUAACAGAUAGCUUGAAGAAUGCUCAUUCUGAUAAAGGUGUUGAUGUGCUUGAGUGGAUGCAGGUCGGUAUUACAGAGACAGAAACGUGCUUGUUCAUGUAAAGCAGAUAGGUUCUUUCCAAAUGUUACGCCAGAUUUAUAUUCAUAAAAAAAUGUUCAACUAGCUGUAACUUUUCGAAAAUACACCAAACAAUAAUUUCAAAAUUUGACUGUUAGUGUUAGCUGAUUAACUACUCGGUGCUGUACUACCUAUUUGGGCAGAUGUAUCUGUUUUUGAUAUUUGCCGCUAAAACUAAGUCAAUUUCAUUUGAUUUAUUGUAUAGGGUUAUACUUAUGACACACAUGUGAUACAUGAAUCACUAUACAAUGAAUUAACUACAUCGGCUGUUUUCCUACUCUCCGCAUCGACCAAUGUGGCGCUAGCUUCUAUGCGCGAAAAACCGCUAAAAGUAAAUCGCAAAAAUAUUGUAUGGCGAAUACCAUCUAAAGACACAUUUCUCGAAGGGGAAUACAUUAUUCGAAAAAAAUAAUUGGUAGUGGUUGUGCACAAUGGUGACUACUAUUAAGCCUACCAAAUAUUUUUUUCAGUAAAAGCUUUCUAUUUCAAGUAAUUCAAGUUUAGAUGCUUUUCACCAUACAAAAUAAAAUGGAUUUACUCCUGCUGAUCAACUGUGGGUGUGCGCCAAGCGGGUAGUCCAUUGCGCUUGAAUUGAUUGAAAGUGCAACACUGAUAGUUCUCUCCGUUCAAUUCAAUCUUGUUAAAAUUUUCUUGACACUGCGUACCGUUGUACGCGUAUCACACUCGUAUCACAUGUCAGUCCGGGGUGCCAAAAAUAAGGUAAUUUGGUAUAAAAUUGAGUUAGUUAUAGCGGCAAGUGCCCAAAAUAGGUACACCUGCCCUAUUAGAAAAGACCCUACUGCUGAUCAUUAUCACCAUCAUGUAAAUAUUGUGAGUGUUGGACCACAUGACAAAGAUUGCACGGGAUUUGACUUUGUUACUUCUUGUUCAAUUCUUUGUUUGAGGGAUCUUUGGAAAGUAUCUACUUCAAUAGAGGAUUUGGUUUGUAGGGCACGGGAUCAUUUAGGCAAGGGGUCCUAUUUUGAGCACUUUCCGUUUAUAACUGAGUCCAUUUCAUUUCAAUAGACUGUAUUUUGAACAUCAAUCGACUUGAGCUUUUGUCACCGUGUACAAAAACUCAAGUCGAUUGAUAUAGAGUUGAAGUGCUUAAAACAGGAACCUUACCAAAUGUUCUUUGGGUCUCCAGUUAGCCUAGUGGUUAAGGCUGUGGAUCGCCAAUCCGGAGACGGCGGGCUUCGAUUCCCGCUCCGGGAACAUUUUUCCGACUCCCUGGGCACAGUGUAUUAUUGUGCUUGACUCACAAUAUAAAAAUUCAUGCAAUGGCAUGCAAAGAAAGCUUUUCAAUUAAUAUCUGUGGAAGUGCUCAAAGAACACUAAGUUGAAUCGAGGCAGGCCAAGUUCCAAUGGGGGCGUAGAGCCAUAAAGAAGAAGAUGAAGAAGAACAAGUGGUCUCUUACCUGAAUAUAACUUUGCUGUGAAGACCAGCUUUUAAGCAGGAUGUAUUUAGUUGGGCAUUAAACGAAUGCAGCAUUUGAGUCCUCGUCGCCAUGAAAGCAGAUUGCAAAAUGUAGGGUGGAGCGGGGCAAGAUGGGUCACCUAAGGAUGCAUCACCAUAACUUUGUAAAUACAAAUCGUAUUGGUUUGUAUUCGUCCGCUACUCUUCAAUACACUAGUUAGCUAUGCUAAAGGUCGAUAAAAAGAUCAUUUAAUACAAAAUAUGAUGUUAAACAAGCAGUUUUAAAAAGUGAUCGAUUUUGCGCCGUGAAAAAAGGGCGGGGCAAGAUGGGUCACCUUUUAGGUAAUUCACAUUUUCUCAACGAAAAACGUCAAAAUAUAAGAUUUGUUCCGCAUUCAUAUAUGCUUCAUAUCCAUACUGAGUAAACAAGAGCUACUAGUAAACAUUUUAUAAAUUUAUUUGGAAUAUAAAAAACUUUACGAUUCGAGUGGUCCUCAGGCGACUUGAAAAUCGAUGUUUUCACUAAAAAAUUAUCAUAAUUUUAUGUUAUAAUUUUAAGCGUUCAUUCCGCUUGAUUGAAGUCAGUUAUGAGAUAGUCUUGUAAUAAAAAAUAAAUAACUUUUGAAUGCUCCAAAAAUACGUUCAAAAUUGAAGGUGACCCAUCUUGCCCCGCGGCCGUUUAUAUGGAGAUUAUAUGGGAUGUAUCGCAUAAGAAAAAUGGCUAAAAACCAUUUCAUUUUUUAUUUCCAAUGAGAGUGAAUAAUUUUUCAAUCAAUGCCCCAAUCUUUUGUAUAUUCAUGCUGGUCAUCUAACAAAAUUAUUAACAUAAUCAAAACAUGAGUAAUGCGCCCGAAAAUGGCACUGACCCAUCUUGCCCCGCCCCACCCUAUAAAUUUUACGACUACGUAUAAAAACGUGUUGACUUACAUGUGCACAGACAAUAUUUCAUAUUACUUAGGAAAUAGCAAGGCAAUGAAUUUCCAAAUACCAAAUCAAAACAUUCAGUUGCAAUUAUUUAAUAUUGUAGUGACGUCUACAAGCGUCUAAAUGAAUCUACUUAUAACAUUUUAUUUUAUUCCUAGGAUACCUAUAUUAGAAUAAAUCUCAUAUAUCUCUACUAGAUGUAAAAUAUAAUAAAUGUGCUUAAAACACUACUAUA